AGAAUAAUACAUGAACUCAGAAUAUGUGCCAACCUCAACCAUGCAAAUAUUGUACCCAUUUAUGGAUAUACGUAUGGCUUCGGCCCAUUUCCAGCAAUAGUCAGUCAUUGGGCGGAAAGAGGUAACCUGUCGGACUAUUUGAAGCGCGAGGGUGCGGCUCUUACUCUCCUUAGAAAAUUUCGGAUAGUAAGUCUCUUGUAUCAUUUUCAUACUAAUAACGUCAUCCAUGGUGACUUCACUGGGUCUAAUGUGCUUAUAUAUGGUGAUGGCACCGCGUGUAUUGCUGACUUUGGUCUUUCCUUGAUGUAUUCGGAGGUCGUAAGCACCUCUCAGGCUUCCUGGACUUCCACCUUCAGUGGCAAUUCACGAUGGAUGGCUUCUGAGCUCCUUGGAGAGCGAGAGGACGGAACCCCAGUGCGGCCAAGCAAGCAGAGCGACGUCUUUUCGUUCGGCGGUAUCAUGUUGCUGGUCCUCACCAACAAAAUUCCUUAUUAUUACCUCCGGCAUAACUACAUGGUUGUCCUGCACAUAUCUAGGUCAGAAAGGCCCUCCCGAAUUCGUUAUCCUGAGCUCCCCGAAAAGUAUUGGCCAUUUAUCGAGCAAUGUUGGUCUACUGAUCCUCGGGAUCAUCCAUCGAUGGAGGAAGCUGAUGUGAUGAUCAGGAAUGAAAUUGACUCGCUGUCCAGAAUUAGUUGA